CCAGACCUCCUUGCACGUCUGGAAACGUCUCUCCGGAUUUUCGCCAUGGCAGCAGUCAAGCUUUUUAAGGGAGCGCCCUUCGGGGUGCAGUCGGCAAGGUUUGAUGUGUCUGCAGCUAUGGUACAUGCAAAGAAUGUAAGCCCCACCUUACCUGAGGUGUUGUACUCCAAAUACUAUCUGGCAAGCAAGGCCCAUUUGGGACCUGGGAUGUACAAGUUCAGUGAUGGAUGCUUCGAUGAGGAGGAGGUGAAGAAAGCCAUUGGAACUGGUUGGGCCAAGGCUCAGGAGGCCACCAGGUUGACCCAGUUGCCUCACUUCCAGUUUAAGCCUAUCAUCAAAGAAAAGAAAUUCUUUGAGGUAAAGAUCGGUCCAGGAUCCUACGACUACAAAGACUUUGUGGAACUGGCUAAGGAAAAACCGUCCAGCAACAUCGGCAUGCUGAGUGCGAAAGAAGAGCGCUUCACCGCCAUGGCUGGGAAUAAUUAUCCUGGCCCUGGAAAUUAUGGAAAAGGUGGGAACCCCUAUACGGAGAUGGAGGAGAAGGCCUGGGAUCGAGCUCACACCAAAGGAAUUAUGGGCACCAAGGCCAAGAAGAGCUUUGAACUCUCCUCUGGGGGCAGCGGCUUAUCCCCAGGGACCUACACCUUCAAAAGCGGAAUGGAAGAAUUCCUGACGCGGACUGUCAGCAAGCGUGGGCCCUAUGACCUUUUCUCGGGAGACCGGUCUAUGCCCAUCGCCUAUGGGCAUUUCGCCACCCCGAAAAAACCAACAUUGGAGAUGCACUCCUUCAAGAGCUUUGUGGAUGAGCUAAAUUCGGAUGCCAGGAAGAAACACGGAGUCUUUGGAAAGUUAAUCCGAAAUCCACCUGUCCCCUCUGAGAGGAUAUACGGUUCUACUCCCAGCCAGUGGCCCAUCAAACAGGCUAACCUGGGCCCCGGUACCUACGACCCUAAACCUAUACCAAGAUAUGAGUUGACCAACCAGCAUCCAUUUGGAUCAUCUUCUAAAAGGGUGGACCUGAAAUACUACCAGCAUUUUGUUGGAAACACAAACCCAGUGGGCGUCGGACGCUACAACCACACAAAACACGAGGGAAAAGAUAAACGGCAAAGGUACCGCUCGCUCUACCUGUCCAAAGCGAACCGCUACCCGUUUGAACACCGUACAAAGGAAUUAAUCCUACAGCAGCGGCUCACGCCCUUUACCAAAGGGAAGGAUUUUCAGCCUUUUGAUCACCGUUGCGAGUCCCCUCCUUCAAUUUCCUGGCAAAAAUGUCCUCAACCAGGGUCUGCGGAGAAGCCCUAAUGUACGAAGUAGGAGGCGAGCCAGGGAUGUGGGGACUCAGGGAGGGAGGUUUAGGAGAGAGAGAGGACACUGCAAAGCUGGGACUUCAUCUCGACACAUCAGCCUGGCGCCAGCCCCCCAGACCGGCUGGGACCCUUGGGACACACUUUUGCUUCGAGAGAUCAGUGGACUGGACAGUCCAAAGGGAACCCUGGGAUUAACUGGGAAAGAAGGUCAACCAAGCAAACUGCUGGUGGUCCAUGGGAAGAGGCCAUCUGCCCUCAAAACAGAUUUUCUGGGGUUUGGUACAUUAAAGUGUAGAUUGAGGGGAA